AUGACGUUUACUGGGCAUAGCUUGGGAGCUGCACCAGCAACCCUCAGCGCAUAUGACAUAAAACAAAUCAUGGUAAAUGAAUAUGGUGGGACCUCAAUUCCCGUCACUGUGUUUUCCUUCGCGUCUCCGCGCGUAGGGAACCUGUCAUUUACACAACAUAUGGAAGAGAUUGGCGUCAAAGUGUUACGCGUGGUAAACAAGAAGGAUUUGGUUCCAAAAAUUCCUGGUAUUUUUGUCAAUGAAAAACUUGGAUGGCUGACAAGGCUUCUACAUUGGUUUCCCUGGGCAUAUGUUCAUGUGGGAGCAGAGAUUAGUUUAGACAACAGCAAUUCACCUUUGCUGAAGCUAACGCAUAAUCCUGCAAACUUCCAUAGCUUAGAGGUUUAUUUGCACACACUUGAUGGCUUUUAUGGGCAUAACAAUUUUCCCUUCAAGCCUUCGAGAAGAGAUCCAGCUUUAGUUAACAAACACACUGACUUAUUGAUUGAAAAGCUGCAAAUCCCUUCUAACUGGUGGGACAAGAGAAAUAAAGAAGUGGUGAAACGCAUCGAUGGCAUAUUGGUCUACUCCCCCUCAACUCCAACGCAUGUUCCUCUUCGUCAAACUUCCCUCUAA